AUGACUGAUGACUAUGAUGUCAUUUUCUGUAUAGCUGUGUCAAUUUCUGCCCAGCCAGGAGUGAAGGGAUGGUUCUCAGAUAACCGUCACCAUGUUCUCUAUGCUGUCAUGGGACUGGUUAUUGUGAUACUCUUUGUCAUCAUAUUAUGGCUUCUUCAUGAUAACAGGUAAAUUAUAGUAAAUAUGAUUUUAAGUCCCUUGUUUGGAAUGGCGAAUAAUGUCAGUCUUAGUUUGCCACGUAAAUUUAUUCAGCAUUGCGUAUAUUAAUGGCCGUUCUUAUUUCCUUUCUUUUUAUUUUAUUCUCAUUCAAAUAGUAUAUUGGUAAAAAAAUAUUGCAUAACAUUAGAAUGUAAUUCAAUGAUUCGCUCAACCGCUUGGUUAUUUAUUCAUACGUAGACGGUCGUGAGCUCGAAAUAGUAAUAGUAGUAGACGGUAUUUAUUUAAAGUCAAUACAUAGGGAGUGAUUACUCAAUCUCUCUCCAUAGGCUCAUGUUAAAAAUGCUCGACAGGACUAAAGCAGAUGCAUGCGCUCCUUUAACCGUCGUGCACGUUUUUAAAAACUUCCGUUCAUUUCAUUUUUUUUUCUUUUUAUAUACUUAAAUGAACUACUUAUGCAUGUUAAUAAUGUAUAUAUAAUAAAUAAAUAAGUUGAUUUGAUUUGAUCCUAUAUUGUUCAAACCCGCUAUGAAGUUUGGAAGCGCCCAAUUUGAAUUUGGAGUUAGACCGUUCUGCAGCCAUGUGUCGAUACUUCUGAAGAUGAACAGCAGCUCCAGCCUACUAAAACGUCCAAACAAUAUAUUCACCAAUCAUUUACUGCCAUCACCACCCAAUAACAACAGAACAGAAACCAGAUCAUCUCAUCUUGAGUGAUUUGUCACACACAAGACCACCACAUACCAAAAAUCAUAUUUUUAAACAGAUCGACUAGAUUGUGAAAUGUACUGCCAAGGGAUUUGACAGGUCAUGCAUGACACCAGCUUAAUUAAGUCAGUUCAAAAAUGGACUUUUCAAGUAUUACCAAUAAUCAAUGUGGAAUCGUGGAUGAUCUAAGAACAUGGUCAUGGAAAUCUAUAAUUUUGUCUUGGAACAAGUCUCGGAAUCUGUCCUGUAAAAUAUCGUGUUGUCAUCAGUGUUUAUAGUUUGUUUGUUUGUUUGUUUGUUUGUUUGUUUGUUUGUUUGUUUGUUUGUUUGUUUGUUUGUUUGUUUGUUUGUUUGUUUGUUUGUUUGUUUGUUUGUUUGUUUGUUGUUUGUUUGUUUGUUUGUUUGUUUGUUUGUUUGUUUGUUGUUGUUUGUUUGUUGUUGUUUGUUUGUUGUUUGUUUGUUUGUUUGUUUGUUUGUUUGUUUGUUUGUUUGUUUGUUUGUUUGUUUGUUUGUUUGUUUGCUUGUUUGUUUGUUUGUUUGUUUGUUUGUUUGUUUGUUUGUUUGUUUGUUUGUUUGUUUGUUUGUUUGUUUGUUUGUUUGUCUGUCUGUCUGUCUGUCUGUCUGUUUGUUUGUUUGUUUGUUUGUUUGUUUGUUUGUUUGUUUGUUUGUUUGUUUGUUUGUUUGUUUGUUUGUUUGUUCGUUUGUUUGUUUGUUUGUUUGUUUGUUUGUUUGUUUGUUUGUUUGUUUGUUUGUUUGUUUGUUUGUUUGUUUGUUUGUUUGUUUGUUUGUUUGUUUGUUUGUUUGUAUCUUAUUAUCUGUAUAAGGUGUACCUGCCAUCUGUUUUUAUAUGUCUUGUAUAUGUCAUAUGCAGCAUGUUCUUUGGCAAAGUUAAUUAAAUAAAUAAAUAAAUAUUGAUCCCUGCUGUAAGAUUGUUAAAGUUGAUUGCAAUGAAUUCUCAGCCUAAAGCGGGUUUUUAUUAGGCGGAAUUUUGCGCGCGGAGCGGAAUUUUUUUUUGUCUUCUAAUUAGUCCCACCCGAGAAAUUACAAGACAAAGAAAAAUUGCGCUCCGCGCGCAAAAUUCUGCCUAGUGGAAAACAACCUUUAGGCAGCAAUUCUUACCGUAUCUAUCUUCUUUUUCUGUGCUCAUCAGGAAAUAUAGAAAAUCAGGUGCAACAGUGGCUAAGAAGAAUAAAAAUAAAUCAUCUAUUGAUAAAGAAGUCGUGUAA